UUUGCGGGCUGCGGUCGCUCCGCAGCUCGCAGGUCACAUGGCCUGCCGGAGCAAGGGGACCCGGCGCGGGAGCUGCGCCGCUGGAGGAGGUGAGGCUCCCGCGCGCACCCGAGCCGCGCGGCGCCCGCUCCGCCCGGGCCUCGGGGUUGGGCGAUGGCUCCUCUGUGGCGAUGAGCCAGCCCGCCUAGGCGACACCAGAGGCGGCCCUCGGCGUGCGCGGAGGACGGAGCUGACCGCCCCCACCGGGUUUGACUUGUGCAGAUUCGGGCCUGUGUUCCAGGAUGGUUUGUUCUUGGGACCAGACCUGACCAGAAGUUGACCUCAUGAGCACAUCAGCCCCUCCCGCUGCCAUGCUCCUCCGGAGGCUGAGGCGGCUCUCCUGGGGCAGCACCGCUGUCCAGCUCUUGAUCUUAACGGUGGUGACUUUCGGCUUGCUGGCCCCCCUAGCCUGUCACCGGCUCCUGCACUCUUAUUUCUAUCUGCGCCAUUGGCACCUGAACCAAAUGAGUCAAGAGUUCCUGCAGCAAAGUUUGAAAGAGGGCGAAGCUGCCCUCCACUACUUUGAGGAGCUGCCGUCUGCCAAUGGCUCGGUGCCCAUCGUCUGGCAGGCCACCCCCCGCCCCUGGCUGGUCAUCACCAUCAUCACUGUCGACAGGCAGCCUGGCUUCCACUAUGUCUUGCAGGUGGUGUCCCAGUUUCACCGGCUUCUGCAACAAUGCGGCCCCCAGUGCGAGGGGCACCAGCUCUUCCUAUGCAAUGUGGAACGUAGCGUGAGCCACUUCGAUGCCAAGCUGCUGUCGAAGUAUGUCCCGGUGGCCAACCGCUAUGAGGGCACUGAGGAUGAUUAUGGUGAUGACCCUUCGACCAACUCGUUUGAGAAAGAGAAGCAGGACUAUGUCUAUUGCCUGGAGUCCUCCUUGCAGACCUACAACCCAGACUAUGUCCUGAUGGUAGAAGAUGACGCCGUCCCGGAAGAGCAGAUCUUCCCAGUUUUGGAGCACCUUUUGCGGGCUCGCUUCUCCGAGCCGCACCUCAGAGAUGCCCUUUAUCUGAAGCUCUAUCAUCCUGAGAGGCUCCAGCACUACAUCAACCCAGAGCCCAUGCGGAUCCUGGAGUGGGUCGGCGUGGGCAUGUUGCUGGGGCCCUUGCUAACCUGGAUAUACAUGCGGUUUGCCAGCCGUCCAGGGUUCAGCUGGCCCGUCAUGCUCUUCUUCUCCCUGUAUAGCAUGGGUCUGGUGGAACUGGUGGGCCGGCACUAUUUCCUGGAACUGCGGCGGCUGAGUCCUUCCCUGUACAGUGUGGUCCCUGCCUCUCAGUGUUGCACCCCCGCCAUGCUCUUCCCUGCCCCUGCGGCCCGCCGGACCCUCACCUACCUGUCUCAGGUGUACUGCCACAAGGGCUUCGGCAAGGACAUGGCACUCUACUCACUGUUGAGGGCCAAGGGGGAGCGGGCCUAUGUGGUGGAGCCCAACCUUGUGAAGCACAUCGGGCUCUUCUCCAGCCUCCGGUACAACUUUCAUCCCAGUCUGCUCUAGCGUGCCAAGAAAUGCCUUUCGGAACUUGGCCGCUUCUCGGUGAUUCCGAUACCGAGUUCUUUAUUUCGACAUGGUUGCUUGCAGUUAUUUCAUUGUUUCAUGUUGUUAGGGAUCUAGGCACUGAGACAGCUGAGAACGUACACGUCAAGAACCUUGGCUUUGGUAACUCUGGCAGGAGUGGAUGUUCGCCCCGAGGCGGGACCCCUCUCCCUCCACACAGCCACACUGCCUCAUGCAGUCUGACCCGCCUGCCCAGGGGGCAUUUAAAUACCAGUUGUAUUCUGCAUUCGUCGUCAGCUCUGCUUUGUGAUUGAGCUCGUGACUGCCAAAAAUAUUGUGCACAAAUAAUGACCGUUUUAGGACUUUAAGGGUAGAAUUUGGUGAAAGGUGAGAUCCUUUUGAAGGGAUUUCUUUCUCACUGGGCAUGAGAAUGGUUGUAUGUCUAGAACAUAUGUCCAAAGAGGCAGGACCAUAUUGACAGGUUCCAUUUGUUUCUUUGACCUGGUAUGGUAAAAGCCGGUAAAAGCUGUUGGCAGUGCCUGACGACUUGG